GGGUGACGUCUGCUAACUUGGCUUAUAUUGACUAAACCGAAAAAAAUUUCAGCAAACUGAGAUGGUUUCUACAAGUCCAAUGUUAUAAGAAGACAGAUUGUAUACAAGAUCAAACGAAACCGCAGUUGCAACAUCACAUACUGCGCAAAUUUCUCGUGGAAUGGCAAUGGCUCUCCUUCAGCAUCUGUUUCUGUCAACCUUGGUGAUAGCUGCAGUGAUUACAGUUCUCUUAAAGAACAAGUCUAGGAAAGGAAAGCACAACCUCCCACCAAGCCCUCCCAAGUUACCGAUCCUCGGCAAUCUCCAUCAGCUAGGCAAAUUGCCCCACAUAUCUCUCCACCACCUUGCGAGAACAUACGGCCCGAUCAUCUUCUUACAGCUUGGUGAAAUCCCAACUGUAGUUGUUUCCUCAGCUAGAAUGGCGAAGGAGGUAAUGAAAACUCACGACCUCGCACUUUCGAGCCGUCCUCAGAUCUUCUCCGCCAAGCACUUGUUCUAUGACUGCACUGAUGUGGUCUUCUCCCCCUACGGUGCUUAUUGGAGGCAUAUAAGAAAAAUCUGCAUACUUGAACUGCUUAGCGCAAAACGAGUUCAGUCAUACAGUCAUGUCAGGAUAGAAGAAGUUGCUCGUUUAGUUGACCGGAUUACAGAGUCUUAUCCAGGCACCACAAAUCUAACCAAACUGCUUGGUUUAUAUGCAAAUGAUGUUCUUUGUCGGAUAGCUUUUGGGAGGGAUUUUUCGGGAGGAGGGGACUACGACAGGCAUGGGUUUCAAAAGAUGCUGGAGGAGUAUCAGGAGUUGCUCGGAGGAUUCAGCAUAGGAGAUUUCUUUCCUUCCAUGGAAUUCAUCCAUAGCCUGACUGGGAUGAAGUCCAGACUUCAGCACACUUUUCGGCGCUUUGAUAAUCUUUUCGACGAGAUACUGAGAGAUCAUCAAAAAGAAAAUAAAGCUACGGAGUUGCACAAGUAUCUUGUGGAUGUUUUACUUGAUAUACAGAAGAAUGGUUAUGGUGACAUGCCUCUCACCAGGGACAAUGUUAAAGCCAUCAUCCUGGAUAUGUUUGCAGCAGGAACUGAUACAACGUUCAUAACCCUUGAUUGGGGAAUGACAGAGCUUGUCAUCAAUCGAAAAGCCAUGGGAAGAGCACAAGCUGAAGUACGAAGUGUCGUUGGAGAGAGAAAAUACGUGCAAGAAACUGACCUACCUCAACUGCAAUACUUGAAGGCUGUCAUUAAGGAGAUAUUCCGGCUGCACCCUCCUGCUCCAGUGUUAGUCCCCAGAGAAUCCAUGGAGGACGUAACUAUUGAUGGGUACUCCAUCCCAGCAAAAACCCGUUUCUUCGUCAAUGCUUGGUCAAUUGGGCGGGACCCAGAAUCCUGGGUCGAUCCAGAAUCAUUUCUACCAGAAAGGUUCCUUGAUGAAAAUAGCAACAUAGACUUCAAAGGGCAGGAUUUUCAGCUGAUACCCUUCGGUGCAGGUAGAAGGAGCUGCCCGGCUAUUGCAUUUGGAAAUGCCAGUGUUGAGCUUGCUUUAGCUCAACUUCUUCACAGUUUCGAUUGGGAGCUUCCUCAUGAGACCCAGCCCAAGGAUUUGGAUAUGACCGAAGUUUUUGGCAUAACAAUGCACAGAAUCGCCAACCUCAUGGUCAUAGCGAAACCCCGCUUCUCCUAGACAACAGUAGAGACAAGCAAAAAAGCUGGCAAAAAAUCUUCUCUCCAACCUAGUAAUCAAUCACCUUUUGCUUGUUAUAGAAGCCUGAGAAAGGAGAAGCAGCUGGAUGCUAUCUGUGUUCUAUAGUUAAUAAUAUGUCAUGUACUUGGUCUGCAAAUACAUAAUCUCGAGCAUUUAAGCC